UUUUAAUAAGUUUUAAAGUCUUUUCUAUUACAAAAUAAACAAAAUGGGAGUUACUGUUUUACAACCCUAUCAGAUACCAGAGGGCAAGUCAGGUGCCCAGGCAAUAGAUUAUCUCUCCAAAAGGCUGUUAGCAUUGGGUGCUGUGCACACCGGCCAAUUUCUAGUGGAUUGUGAAACCUAUAUAUCCGCCCCUCAACAUGGACCCUCUAAAGCUGUUCAUGUUCUACACGACUCCGAAUAUCCAGUAACAACCUUUUCUAUACUUGACACUGGUACGGGUAAACAAAUUCCCUUAGUGGCUGAUAAUUUAUUCGAUUUGCUCAUGCUAAAAAUGACGUCGGUGUACACGUCCAAGAAACAAACGAAAAUUGAAGCAAAAGGAGCCAGAUUUGAAUAUGGAGAUUUUCUUAUAAAGUUGGGUUCUGUAACUAUGAUGGAAAAUUUCAAGGGCAUAUUGAUAGAAAUCGAAUAUCGUCCUUGUGUGGUGUUGUUCUAUUGCUGGGAAAUGAUACGUGAAGUAUUGCAAAGUUUUCUAGGCGUAACAGUACCUAAAGAAUUUCCGCCUUACUUUACACCGCAACCGGUGGUUAAUGCAAUGGGUCAGCAGCAAAUGCAUGCUAAACAGAAUGAUAUUUAUGAGCCCAUCGAUACAAUUAAUCAAUAUCUAGAACAUUUCACCAACUAUCGCAAACAAAAUGUAAUGCCUCAAUCACAGGCUACAAGUCAACAGGCCAAUAUGCCUCUUAAUACCGGCAUGAGAGUGGGCUAAUUAGUAAUUACUACUGGUUUUUACUUAUAAAUUAAGUUAUUUAAAUAAAGUAAAUUGAUAUUUUUUGGAAAAAAAUAAGAUGUUAUUGUUUGCUUAACUUACCCUUUUGGUAUAUGAAACUCAUCCUUUGAUAAUGCCUAUGAAGCACUCGCGAACCGCCGUUAUAUUUAUUCAGUUUUCUAAAGUAAUUUUUAAUGUUAUUUGCCUAUUUAUAUUUACGAAAUAAAAUACGAAACACAAA